AUGUACUCAGUGAACGGCGAGGACAUUUUCGUGGUGGACGGCCAUAUGCACUUCUGGGACGCUGGGCCGGAUAACCACAAGAACGACUACGGGAAUGCCUGGAUCAAGUGCUUCUACGACUAUCACUCGGCCCUGUCACCAGCCGACUACGUGUGGGACUUCGACAAGUACUGCAACUACGGCGAGGAAGCCCUGGUCAACGACAUGUUCAUCGAUGGCUACGUGGACGUGGCAAUCCUGAAUUCCACCUACCUGUACGAGUUCUUCAAGACCGGCUUCAACACCCACCAGAAGAACAACGUGGUCAAGCAGAAACACCCCGACCGGUUCAUGCUGUGCGGCUCGUAUGACCCGCGCGAUGAAGAGGCAGGGCUGGACAGGUUCCGCGAGAUGAUGGCCGGGUAUCCCAUCAGCGGCCUGAAGCUCUAUACCGCCGAAUGGCGCGGCGACUCCAAGGGCUGGAAGCUGAACGACCCGUGGUCGUACCGGUACCUCGAGCUGGCGCAGGAACUGGGCAUCAAGAACGUGCACGUGCACAAGGGCCCAACUAUCUAUCCGCUGAGCCGCGACGCAUUCGACGUCAACGACGUUGACUACGCCGCCACCGAUUUCCCCGGACUGAACUUCAUCGUUGAACACGUGGGGCUGCCCCGUCUCGACGACUUCUGCUGGAUCGCCACCCAGGAGCCGAACGUAUACGCCGGCACGUCGGUGGCAAUGGCGUUCAUCAACUCGAGGCCCAGGUACUUCGCCGAGAUCAUGGCGAACCUGCUCUUCUGGCUGGGCGAGGACCGAAUCCUGUUCGGCAGCGACUACGCCAUCUGGAGCCCCAAGUGGAUCAUCGACAAGUUCAUGUCCUUCCAGUUCCCGGAUGACAUUAGCGAGGAAUUCGGGAUGGAUCUGACCCCUGCAAUCAGGCGGAAGAUCAUGGGCGAGAACGCAGCACGCCUUUACGGCAUGGACAUCGAAGCCCAGCGCACCAAGCUGGCAGGCGACGAAAUUGCCGCCCGGCUGUCCUCCGCGACCUAG